AUGAAAAACAACCAAACCACUGUCAGUGAGUUCAUCCUUCUGGGUUUCACCGACAUCCAGAAAUUGCAGCUGCUGUUGUUCACCAUAUUUCUCUGUUCCUACCUCCUGACCAUUAUGGGCAAUGCUGUGAUUAUUACCAUCAGUCACAUAGAUUACCGGCUACACACACCAAUGUAUUUCUUCCUCCAGAAUUUCUCUUUCUUGGAAAUCUCCUUCACCACUGCGAUCAUCCCCCAAACUUUGGCACAUCUUGCAACAGGCAAUAAAAGCAUCUCCUAUGUUGGGUGCAUGGUACAGUGCUUUUUGUAUUUCCAUCUGGGUACCACCAAGUUCUUCCUCUUAGCUGUCAUGUCCUUUGAUAGAUAUGUAGCCAUCUGCAAUCCCUUGCGCUAUACAUCCAUCAUGAGCCAUCAUUUAUGCUUGUCUCUGGUUCUGUUUUGUUGGGUCGGCAGCUUUCUCCUGAUCAUUGGCCCAUUAAUCCUUUUCCUACAGUUUCCGAUAUGUGACUCCAACAUCCUCGACCAUUUCUUCUGUGACAAUACGCCAUUGCUCAAGCUCCUUUGUGGAGACACGUGGCUUUUGGGAUUUCUUGGAUUCAUCACUGCAGCGCUUUCUUUGCUGGGCACCUUGACCAUUACAGUGGUGUCCUACAUCAAUAUAAUCAAAACUGUCUUACGUAUGCCCUCUGCCACAGGGAGACAGAAGGCCUUUUCCACUUGCGCCUCUCACUUCAUCGUGGUGUCCAUCACCUACGGCAGUUGCAUCUUCCUUUAUAUCAAACCGACACAGAGUGGCAAACUAGAGCUUGGGAAAAUGGUGGCCAUUCUCAACACUGUUGUGUCUCCCUUGUUCAACCCUUUCAUAUACAGCUUGAGAAACAAACAAGUUCAGGAGUCCUUGAGAGAUGCCUUGGGACAACUCACAGCCAUUGCUAAAAGACCAAGAAAAAACUGA